AUGAGCGACUACGAUAAGGCCGGCGUCGCCCAGUCAGAGAGAGUCUCCGACAAGCCCCGGAAGCGCGGAUGCCUCGGCCACUGCGCCAAGUUUUGGUGGGCGUAUCUGCUCAUCAUUAUAGUUAUUGUUGUUAUUGUCGUGCCAGUGGUCCUGCUUGUCGCCGUUCCUAAAAUUGCGCAGUCCAAGCUUGACGAGGCUGAGCUCAUCUUGAACCGCCUCACGGUCACCAACACCCAGACGCAGAACCUCACGAUUAGCCUCAGCAGCACCAUCAAGACUGAUGGCUCCGUCAAGGCUAACAUCGCUGCUUUUGAGGGUGUCAUGUACCUUGAGGACCGCCAGCCCCAUACGCCUUUUGCCACGCUCAACUUCCCUGCGACUACGGCCGAUGCCGAGCAGCAUGUCAAUGUGACGCAGUUCCUCCCCGUUGAGGAUCUUGAGGCCCUGACGAAUUUCAACUCCUACCUCUUGGCCAAUGAAACCCUCCGCGUUACCGUCGAGGGUAACACCUUCGUCCAAGUCAGCGGCAUCUCGCGUGCCUACCCCGUCUUCUUCAAGAAGACCGUCACCAUGCCUGGUCUUAAACUGCUUGAGGGCACUAUUGUGAACCCCACCUGGGUCAACACGACCGCUGACGAGCGUGGUAACAACUUCCGGGCGAACACCAUCAUCCCUAACCGUUCGCGUGUCAGCUUUGACCUUGGCAACGUGACUUUCCACAACUAUCUCUUCGACAAGGAGGUCGGCACCGUUUACAUUGACAACCUUGUCCUGAACCCCGGCGACAACCACUACCCCAUGCGCGCCACGGUGGAGGACCUCGGUGCCCUUCUCACCGCGCUUGGAGAGAAGCCCUACUGCGAGGGCAAGGGUGACCAGAAGGGCGUGCUUCCGUUUGGCCUCCGCGGCAAGACCGACGUGCGGAACGGACAGCCUCUUCCGUACUUCAACGACGCUCUCGCGGCGCACAACCAGACCGUCUAUAUCCCGAUUGGCCAAGCCCUCCGCGAUCACCUGAACAUCGACGUUCCCUGUGGCGGCCUGGGCGGCGGUAACUAG